AUGACCCGCACGGACCCGCCGGACCUGUUGGUGUCGACCGUGUACCAGGACAUCAAGGUGGCGGCCCCCGGGCCCGCGUCGCGGCGCCCGCCAUGUGAGCACUCCGUGGCCCCGCCUGCCGCGCCCGCGCCUUUCAACAAGCGUCACUGCCGCAGCUUCGACUUCCUGGAGGCGCUGGACGGGGCGGCCAUGGAGGCCCGCACAGAGCCGCCGCCCCCGGAGCCUGCCGCACCGCGCGCCCGUCCCCGCGACGGCGAGCCCCGGCGCCGCGCCCGCUCCAAGAGUGCGCCCCGCGCGCCCCCGGGCCUGGCGCCGGCGCCCGCCUCGCCGCCAGUGCUGCCGCGCCGCGGCCGGGAAGCCCAGCGGCCAGCGCGGGCCGAGGCAUCGCCGCACCGGGAGCCUGCGUACCCCGCGCUGCGCGCGCUCGCCAAUGAGCUGCACCCCAUCAAGCUACAGCCGCAACGGGGCGGCCCUGGCCGCAUCGCGCCCCUCUGCGCCACCACCGGCCGCUGCGCGCCCCCCGAGCCACCCGCCGGGCCUGCACCCCACGUCCGCUGCCGCCUGGACAUCAAGCCCGACGACGCGGUGUUGCAGCACACCGCCUGGAGCUCGCGGUCCUGCGGGCCCGCGGAGACCACGCCCUGGGCACGCGCCGCCCCCCAGUUCCACGGCCUCACAGUGCCCGGGCCUCGCCACAUGGCGCUGUCGCGCACCCCCACCCCCAGUGACACGUACUGUGCGGACCCCCGGGCGCUGUACUGUGAUGGUCCGCUGCCUGGGCCCCGGGACUAUACAGAGCGCCGAAAUCUGCCCUUCACCACGCCGCCAGUCCCCACCCAAUUCUUCUACACAGAGGAACCCGAGGGCCACCCUGGCGGCUUUCCGGCCAGCCCUGGGCCGCCCUUCGACAGCUACUAUGCCAGGCCCUUCCCGUCCGAGGAGCCCCCUGUACCCAGUCCAAGGCGCAGCAGCGGCUACUAUGCGGGGGAAGUGCGCACCUUCCCAGUCCAGGAACCGCCCUCCCGUUCCUACUAUGUGGAGGCCGCUCGAGCCUACGGACCACCCUGCGGCCCCCGCUAUGCUCCCGAGGAACCCCGGGCUCAUCCCCCUCUCCGCCCCUUUUACACAGAGGACUUCGGGCGGUACCGCGAUCGCGAUGCCCUGGCUCGGACUUACCCACACCCACGCGGCAGCCCCGCCUGGGGUGACUGGGGCCUGCGGCCUUACCGCACCUUGCAGGUGGUGCCUCCUCCGGACCCUGGCCCAUUGCUCGCCUCUUGGCACGCGGGCACCGGCACCAGCCCGCCCCGGCUGGCCACUGACAGCCGCCACUACUCUCGCUCCUGGGACAACAUCCUGGCGCCUGGGCCGCGCCGGGAGGACCCCCUGGGCCGCGGCCGCAGCUACGAGAACCUGCUGGGGCGCGAGGCACGGGAGCCGCGGGGGGCAUCCCCCGAAGGCCGGCGUCCACCCGUCGUGGUGAACCUGUCCACCUCACCUAGACGCUAUGCGGCGCUGUCUCUGUCAGAGACGUCACUGUCAGAGAAGGGCCGCGGGGGCGAGGGCCUGGGCCGCAACUGGUAUGUCACACCUGAGAUCACCAUCACCGACAACGACCUGCGCGCCGCAGAGCGUCCGACUGCCAGGGGCUGGGAGCUGCCCGGAGGGCGACCCCGGCGGUCUCCGCCCGCCGCCCCCGAAGGCCCCACUGGUGGCCGCCAGCGCAGCCUCGAGCAACUGGACGAACUCAUCACCGACCUGGUCAUCGACUCUCGGCCCCCGGCCGGCCAAGCCCCGGAGCCCGUGGCCGAUGGCCUGGGCCGCCAGCUGCGUCGCCUGCUGGACUCUCGGCCCGCGGGCCCCGGGGCACCCGCGCUGGCGCCGCGCUCGCCACCCGCGUCGGCCGGCAGCACCGAAGAGCCCGCGGGCCCGGGGCAGGCGACCGACGGGUCCCCGGAGCCCAGCGCCGACGAGGACGACCUGAUGACAUGCUCCAACGCGCGCUGCCGGCGCACCGAGACCAUGUUCAAUGCCUGCCUCUACUUCAAGUCCUGCCACAGCUGCUACACCUACUACUGCUCGCGCCUGUGCCGCCGCGAAGACUGGGACGCGCACAAGGCGCGCUGCGUGUACGGCCGCGUGGGCAGCGUGUGCCGCCACGUGCUGCAGUUCUGCCGGGACAGCGGCCCGGUGCACCGCGCCUUCUCGCGCAUCGCACGUGUCGGCUUCUUGUCGCGCGGUCGCGGCGUGCUCUUCCUGGGCUUCCCGAGUCCGGGCUCUGCAGACAACUUCCUGCGCUUCGGCCUCGAGGGCUUGCUGCUGUCGCCCACCUACCUGUCUCUGCGCGAGCUGGCCACGCACGCGGCGCCCCUGGGCAGCUAUGCGCGCGAGCUGGCGGCCGCCGGGCGCCUCUACGAGCCGGCCGAGUGCUUCUUGCUCAGUGUGUCGGUGGCCGUGGGCCCCGGCGCCACGCCCCCCGGCGCCUCCGCCCGGCCUGCGCCCGCGCCGCGCAGUCCUGGGCCCACCGUACGCAAGUUCGCCAAGGUGGCGCUGGCGGCCGGCAGCCCGGCGCGUCCGCCCCCGGCUCGGGGUCGCGAGCCCGACAUGGAGACGCUGAUCCUGACUCCGCCGCCCGGCACGGCGGGCCUGGACCAAGAGGGCGAAGCAGGCCGGCGCGCGCGCGAGGUGGCCUUCAUCCACAUCCAGCGUGAGCUGCGGCUGCGCGGCGUCUUCCUGCGCCACGAGUACCCGCGCGUCUACGAACAACUCUGCGAGUUCGUCGAGGCCAACAGGCGUUUCACGCCCACCACCAUCUACCCCACGGACCGGCGCACCGGCCGCCCUUUCAUGUGCAUGAUCAUGGCUGCCUCCGAGCCACGCGCGCUGGACUGGGUGGCCAGCGCCAACCUGCUGGACGACAUCAUGUGA